CUUAAUAAAGUUUCUUCCAACACGUAUGGAUCUCCUUUAUGAAUCGCCCCACCGGCCUCUUCACAGAACCAGAAAGAAAGAGAGAAAGAAACUGCGCCAAGCGGCAAGCUCUCACUAGCUACCUCUCUGGUUCCAACGAUGGCGUCGCUUCUCUCCACUGCCCACUCUUCCCUCUUCUUCACCGCCUCCAAAACCCCUAAUUCCACUUCCCCAGUUCACCAUCCCUCCUUCCCCAAAACCCUCAAACAAUCCUUCGCUUCUCCUCCGCUUCAAUCCGCUUCCAGAUUCCCCUCCAUUCUCCGGCGGGCCUCCGGCGAAGAAUCGGAGUCGGAGAGGGUUACCGACGAAUGGGGCGAGAAGCCGGAGCCGAAGCCGGAGUACCCGAAGGCUGCCGCGGUGGAUCCUCCCGUGAAUGAGGAUGAGUGGGAGGAGGAGGGAUACUCCGCCGCUGCGGUGGGCAACGGGAGCACUGCUCCGUCGGUGGCUGAUGGGAAGAAGAAGGUGGGCGACGGUAACGAGGAGCUGAAGAGGAGCUUGGUGGACACGGUGUACGGUACGGGUUUGGGGUUCCGGGCGGGUUCGGAGCUCCGGGCCGAGGUGUCGGAGCUGGUGAGCCAGUUGGAGGCUGUGAAUCCCACUUCGGCGCCGGUUGACACGGCUUCGCUGCUCGACGGCAACUGGGUUUUGUUGUAUACUGCAACUUCCGAGCUCUUGCCCCUUCUGGCUGCUGGUUCAACUCCUUUGCUAAAGGUGAAGAGGAUAGCUCAGUUGAUCAACUCCAGCAAUUACACCAUUGUCAACUCAACCACAUUGUCGAGCCCUUUUGCUGAAUUUACAUUCAGCGCAACCGCAAACUUCGAAGCCCGAAGUCCUUCAAGAAUACAGGUUGAAUUCAAGGAAGGAACUCUGCAGCCUCCGGAUGUAAAAACCAGCUUUGAUCUUCCAUCCGAAAUCGCUCUAUUCGGGCAGAAGAUCAGCUUGGCCACAGUGCGUCAAUCUCUGAGUCCUCUGCAAGACACGGUGGCUACCAUCUCGAGAGCCAUAUCCGGCCAGUCCCCACUCAAGGUCCCCAUUCCAGGCAGCCGAACCAGGUCCUGGCUACUGACCACCUACCUCGACGAGGAUCUCCGGAUUUCAAGAGGUGACGGCGGCCUUUUCGUACUUGCCAAGGAAGGAAGCCCUCUCUUGAAUCUGUAA